GCGCCCACUGCUAACGCUCCGGGCGGAAAAGUGUCAGCCGCGACGGUAAUAAGCGCCCCUGCAGCAUGAGGUGAAUGGGGCCAACUCUCCAUGCCCACUCUGCAUGUAGAUAGAUCAUCUCUUCUGGUAUCAACAACGGUUGGACGCUUUGCGCAGAACAAGUUGCCAGAAAAUCAUGUAACCACAAGGGGGUCACUCCUUGACCGUUGUGCAACACAGCGCGCCGGAUUUUCCAGGCCUGGCUGGAGGUGGUCGUGGAAAGUGCCCCCUUUUAGCCUCCCUUAACUAUCUACGGUAAGCACGCGCAGGGUUUUAGCCAGCAGGACCAUUAACGUUGCCAUAUGACCUGGUCCUCUGCCUGCAGACUUGGGAAGGGCACUUCGGUGGCUGGGUCAUUGGGUGGAUCUCCAGGCACAGGGUUGCCGCGGCCAUCUCGGCCGGGUCGCCCAAUUCCUUCCUAAUCAUGGCGGUGCCAACACCAACCGCAGACCGACCGCAGCUGUUAGGAAAGCCGACGCUGACCACAGCCAACAGAAUCCCGAUGAUCCGGUGCCCCUCGAGCUAAGGCUUAUCGAUGUAAAUAAUUGCCUUGCCUGCCUGCAUCAAGACCUGUCACAUGUCAGCCAAUGAAGUCCAUCGUCACACCUGCCCGAGAAAAGCGGUUGGCAGAUGUCCGUGGUUUGCCUGCUUCAGUCGCGGGAUGCCUGAGGGAGGCCUCCCGCAUUCGCAUUCUGCUCCGUCUGUGGUGGCACAAGCCUCAUAAUCUACGGUUUGCCCAGCUUUCCCUCCCAUCCAUCGAAUUUUGAAGGCUUUUUACAACACCAUCAGAGAUCGUUUCAGAAGACACACUGCUCGCAAUCCUAUUUGCUACACAAUUAGCAGCUUGUUGCUCCAAUCUGUUCCCCAAGCGUCUUGGAUCCAUGUCGUUCAAGUCAUUAGCCGUGGCGCCGAUCUACUCAUCUUUGCGACCCGUGAGGGACAGCGGCAAAUACUCCGACCUCAUCGUCACCUGCAAAAGCCAAACCUUCAACGCCCAUCGCGUCGUGCUAUGCUCCCAGUCAGAGUUUUUUGAUAAAGCUUGCGGCGGGCCCUUUAUCGAGGCAUCGAGUGGGAAGAUCGACCUCCCUGACGAUGAUCCCGCCCUUGUCCAGAAGUUGAUGGAUUUCUUCUACACUGGCGAUUACAGCCAAACAACCAAGGCAUCAGAUGGCUGUGAGUCGAAGCCAACGUCUCGGUCGCCAACAGUAGCGCAUGCAGCGGGAGGGCAGAAGGGGGCCGAGGUUUCCGACGAUACUUGCUCGAUUCUUUUUGACGAAGCCAAGGUUUACAUCAUGGCGGACAAGUUCAUCAUUCCAGCUUUAAAGGACAUAAGCUUGGAGCGGUUCAGAAGUGCCGCCAACCGUGCCGAGGGCAUGUCCAGCUAGCAAUGCGAUAGCUUCCCGCUGGUCGCCGACGAAAUAUACAACUCAACCACCCGGUCCGACCUAGCUCUAAAGGAAAUCUUGUGCCGGCUCCUCGUCAACAAGAGGGGAAACAAGGAGCUGUGGUCGUCGAUGCAGCCAGUUUUCCGGAAGCAUGGAGAUCUGGCCACCGGUGUUCUCAACUAUUGGAACGGCGACUACGGAACCCUUAAAUGUCCUCGUUGUCCUCGUUGUGCGCAGGUUGGAAACUGCGACGGGGUCCGGAAAGGCAGUUGCUAUUGCCGCUACUGUGGAAAUUACCACCAGCACGAUAGCAACGCUGGCAUCAGUACUAACACGGAAGAUUGGAUACAGAAGGAGAUCGGCUUUAUAAGCAUGAAGGGCUAAAUGCUUCCACAAUCGCACCACGGCAUCAACUGGCAAGAGGACAUGGAAUUAGUUGGUUAAUAGGGAGUGAAGUAACCUGUGUUGUAAUUACUAAUCCAAAGCUCUAGGACGCGGAGACGAUUUGGAGGGAAUGUCUUCCUGUGUCUUUGACCAAGGUCGAUCGGGCUGUUACUAGAGGGGCCGCGGAAAAGCACACCAGAGCACCGAACACGAAGAGGCUUUUGUUUGCUCGACCAGUGCCAGCGAAGCCCGAACAUAUCAUUUUGAGCACAGGCUUACUUGCCCCCUGCAAGACUUACCCGCGCGUUUGCCGGUCAAAGAACUCGCGGAAUCCCAAAGAAGGUCGUUUAUACUUUAUUAGCCGGUUUCUGAACUCUGGUGGAUAGGAGUCGGCGAGGCAUACAUCCCACUCUGCCUUUUUCUUCUUUUUAUAUCUUUUGUACCUGACUUGUGGAGUUAUGCAUCUUGCUGGACAUGCGGCGGCGCGCGUUCAAGGUUAGCACGAUGAAGUCGGCGUGGUCAAAGUGCGGGCUUUGGCCGUUCAAUCCGGAGGUUGUGCUUGAUAAUCUCGAGGAUCCAUUGACCUCCGCGAAAUCUGCCGCCGUAAUAACGCAAAAGGUUGGGUAUAUCCCGGACACUACAGAGCAGAUCCGCCGGAUCGAGCGACGAGUGAAAAAGGCAACCCACGCCGCGAUACUCGCCGGCGCGGGUGCGGUCGAGGAGCUCCGGCGCCGCGAGCAAGCCCAAGUUGAGCGCAAACAACGUGCCUCUCUAAACAGGUUGAUCACCAAGAUUGGGCCGAUCUCUGUUGACGACGCGCGCCUGCGGGCGAUCAACAACGAGGGCAACCGCCUCGCUUUUAAGCGGAGGGAACGCCGGCGCCUGCGAGGCAAAGAGCGACAGGAGGGCACGCGCCUUAAGCAGUUGCGGGCGCGCAUGCGAUUAGAAAAGGCCAAGUGCAAAGAGAUUGCCGACCUCGUGCGCCCUCAAGAAGAUGCCCUCGCCAACGAGGCCACCGUUUUCGGCAGGGAAGAAGACGACGUAGCCCUUCCUCCCAACUGGCAGCCUACCGAGGCGCUCUCUCCCUACACGCCGUGGCGCCCCACGGCACGAGACGAGGGCACGGUCUGGAAGGUAGUGCGCUUCUACUGCCGGGCCCAGGGAGGUCCCGAGGAUCCCCCCGCCCAAACCCGGCCUUACCCCUUUUCCGGCAACCCGCCGGCCGACAGCAUUACUACCGCCCGCAGCGCUUCACAACGCCCCGGCGCAUACACAUACGCCCUAUCGCCGAUCGCCCGCUCACUAGCAAGGAGUACCGGCAUGCGGCCCGACUUCCCCCCUAUUUUUAUCGACGCCGUGCCGAGCUACGGCUACAACGACCUGUCUGACUGCGGCGGUCGCUGGCCCUUGGCCAUGGCGGCUGCUGUUACCACUGAAGACCCCACUAUCACUGGGGGCUCGCUCUCGAGCGAGACAUCUGCUUUUAGGGGAUUGCAGUAG